CUGACAGUUAUUUCCUCCCUAAGCCUCACUCCCCUGCCUCUGCCUGCCUCUGCUGCCAGGAGCUGACUACCUCCGGGGCUGGAAUCCUGCGCUCCCUCUGUGCCCAGAGCCCACCAUGUUGGCCAAUGUCACGAUGAAGCCGCUCUGUCCCAUCCUGGAGCAGAUGAGCCGCCUGCAAAGCCACAGCAACUCCAGCAUCCGCUACAUCGACCACGCGUCGGUGGUGCUGCACGGGCUGGCCUCGCUGCUGGGCCUGGUGGAGAACGGACUCAUCCUCUUCGUGGUGGGCUGCCGCAUGCGCCAGACCGUGGUCACCACCUGGGUGCUGCACCUGGCGCUGUCUGACCUGCUGGCCACGGCCUCCCUGCCCUUCUUCACCUACUUCCUGGCCGUGGGCCACUCGUGGGAGCUGGGCACCACCUUCUGCAAGCUGCACUCCUCCAUCUUCUUCCUCAACAUGUUCGCCAGCGGCUUCCUGCUCAGUGCCAUCAGCCUGGACCGCUGCCUGCAGGUGGUGCGGCCCGUGUGGGCGCAGAACCACCGCACGGUGGCCGCGGCCCACAAGGUCUGCCUGGUGCUCUGGGCGCUGGCGGUGCUCAACACCGUGCCCUACUUCGUGUUCCGGGACACCAUCAAGCGCCUGGACGGGCGCAUCAUGUGCUACUACAACGUGCUGCUCCUGAACCCCGGGCCCGACCUCGACGCCACGUGCAACUCGCGCCAGAUGGCCCUGGCCGUCAGCAAGUUCCUGCUGGCCUUCGCCGUGCCGCUGGCCAUCAUCGCCUCGAGCCACGCGGCCGUGAGCGCGCAGCUGCGCCAACGCGGCCGCCGACGGUCCGGCCGCUUCGUGCGCCUGGUGGCGGCCGUGGUGGCUGCCUUUGCGCUCUGCUGGGGGCCCUACCACGUGUUCAGCGUGCUGGAGGCGCGCUCGCACUCGAAUCCGGAGCUGCGGCCGCUCGUGUGGCGCGGGCUGCCCUUUGUCACCAGCCUGGCCUUCAUCAACAGCGUGGUCAACCCGCUGCUCUACGUGCUCACCUGCCCCGACGUGCUGCGCAAGCUGCGGCGCUCGCUGCGCAGCGUGCUGGAGAGCGUGCUGGUGGACGACAGCGAGCUGGGUGGCGGGGGCAGCAGCCGCCGCCGCCGUCGCGCCUCCUCCACCGACGCCUCCUCCGCCUCCUCUUCGCUGGGCAGCCGCCGCCUGCCCCAGCACGUGCCCGCGCGCUUGUUCCGCUGGCUGGGGGGCAGCCGUGCAGCGCCCCCGCGGAGGGACCGGGCCCGAUCCCAGGAGGAGCGGGGCCCCCUGAACCGGGCGCUGAGCACCACCUCGGGGUAGGGGGCGCGGGGCCCGGAAUCGCCCGGCUCCGCUCGAGCCAGUCUCCGGGGGAGGCAGCAGCAGAGAGCGACCUUGCCCGAAGCAGCUUCCCGAGGGCCCCAGGAAAAUGUAGCUGAAGACCAGGGCCCAGGAAUCUGUAUUUUAAAGUGUCCCAAGUGACUCAGUACAUUUUUUUUUUUUUCUUACAGAAACAAAAUGAGUUAGGGCAGUGCUUCUCAAACUUUAUUGUGAGGGGGUCACCCAGGGACCCUGUCUGAUUGGGCGGGGACUUGGGUGCUGAUUCUGCAUUUCUCACAAUAGGAGACUAUGUCAGGACUCCGGUGCCUGGACUACUGGUAGGAACAAGGGGUUAAAGUCCUAAGACUUCUCAAACUGGGGUGCACAGGAUGUAUCUCCCUGGGGCUCAGAUUUAGCAGAUGAUGGGUAGGGUGGAUUUUUUUUUUUUUCUCUCGCUUUUUAGGGACACUCCUGCAGCAUAUGCAAGUUCCCAGGCUAGGGGUGGAAUCAGAGCUGUAGCUGCGGGCCUACACCACAGCCACAGCCACACAGGACCCAAGCUGUGUCUGUGACCUACACCACAGCUCAGGGCAACACUGGAUCCUUAACCCACUGAGCAAGGCCAGGGAUUGAAACCCCAUCCUCAUGGAUACUAGCCAGAUUUGUUUCCGCUGUGCCCCAAUGGGAACUCCUCCUUGGGGUGGAUUUUUAAAGUAAACCAGUGGUGGAUUUUUGGAGUAUGAAGUGAGAGGAAAGAUUUGGGCAGCACUGUUCUGUUCUGACCUCUUCGCUUGGCCGUUACUGCGCUAGACUUUAUCCCACAAUAAUCUGGAAGGCAGGUUCAUUAGCCUCGCUUUUUUACAAAAGGUGCAAACUGAGGUGCAGGGAGGUUAGGGAACCUGCCCAAGGUACUAACCACGAGGCGUUCCCUGUUCAAAUACUAUUACCCAAGGUCUUUAAGACAGCAGCUGUCUGGGAGCUCACCACCACCCAUCUGACCCAGCACUGUUAAGACAGGGAAAAAGCAAGCGGUGCUGUGGUCAGAUGCUUGGGAAACCUGGGCUAAACAAAGUGCAAAGGGCUUCUUUACUGAAGGUCUUCAGUGCUUCUAUGUGCCUGGCAGCCUCUGAGACCAAAGCCUGUGAUGUCUCCUGGCUAAUCUGACGCACGUGCCAGCCUGGAGUUCCAUGGGAUGAGCCCCCCUCCCACCACUUCCGUCAUCCCUGGAUCUGUGCAGCACCCACCUCCUGAGCACACAGGAGCUGGGCAGCUCUAACCCUCACUCUGUAAGAGUGAGGGUAACCUGCUGCCCGAUGUCCACAGUCCCACGUCUGUUUAGCUCUGCUUCCCAGGGCCUGAUGCAGAGUUGGCGCCGGUACACGUUUGGUGGAUGAAAUGUUAGUGGGAGAGCUGGGUGGAGAAAUUCCCUUGGGAUCUCAGUCCAGGGCUCCCAGUGCUUACUCCCAGUGCCAGGCAGGCCCUGCCCAUAGCAAGUGCCUGGCAAGCGGAGCAGCUGAUGGACAGCUGACUAAAUGGACAGCCCCCCCUUGACAGUGCCCAUGCCCCCCUACCCGGCUUCACUCAGUGCCUGACACCAUCUAACACAAUAUAUUUUAUUUGUUUACUAGGUUUUCUCUGUCAGAAUAAAAGCUCCAAGAGGGCAGGGACUUCUGUCUGUAUCCCUCGGUACCCAGAAUCGUGUCUAUACAGCAGACAUUCAAUAAAUAUUUCUGCUGUAGGCUGG